AGAAGCAAACAACUUUUAUGGUUUGGGCGUGUCUGCAUUUUAAAACAGAGGUUAUCGUAGGCCCAACCGGAAGAGUGCUUCAAGGGAGAUAAGUCGUACUUGUGAAAAGAGCGCCGAAGCGAAGUCACCGACAGGUUAGUGUUUGCAAAAUGGCGAAUCCCUUCCAGUGCAACUAUGCGAUUAUUUGCCGUAUUCCGGACUCUUUUGCUCAGCGGUCAGUCGGAGCUGAAAAUAUUCCUGGAGGUCUGAACUUGCAGAAAGCAAGAGAAGAGUAUGAUACGAUUCGAGAGGUCCUGAAAAACUGUGACGUAAAUUUAAUCGAACUACAGGAAGACGAAAACUAUCCUGACUGCUGUUUCGUUGAGGACUGCGCUGUUGUGAUCGGGGGUACAGCACUUGUUACUCGUCCCGGACACCCAUCACGAACAGGAGAGGUAGGGGAAAUACGAAGAGUGUUGAAACAGGAUAUGCGAUUGGUAGUGAAGGAAGUGGGAGAUGCCAAAGCUACACUAGAUGGUGGUGAUGUCUUGUUCACAGGGAAAGAGAUCUUUGUUGGCGUUGGGAAACGUACUAAUGCACUGGGAGCAAAGGCAGUGGCUGAGGCUUUUCAAGACCACACUGUGUCCAUGGUGGAGAUAGGCAAGUCUGAUCUGCUUCACUUGAAGGAUGGAUUUGCAAUGGCUGGUCGUGAAAUUAUGGCAGUAUCACCAGGCAUUGACGUGGCAGUCAUUCUAAAGAAAAUGCAAGAUGUUGCAAGCUACCCAUACAAAGUGAUGCAGUUGGACUCAAGGGAGGCAGCAGAUAUGUUGUACAUCAAUGGACGUUUGAUUCAUCAUGUUCGUACUGAAAUGGGAGACACCAGCUAUGGGAAAUUGGAUGAGAAGAUUCCUUACACACGCCACCAUGUGCAGAUGAGUGAACUGAGAAAGGUUGGGGGUACGCUAAGCUCUUUGUUCAUCCCCAUAAACAUUCAGCGUGCACCAAAGAUGUUCUCUUCAGACAUAACAAAUGCUGAUCUGGGAGCCUACACUACCUGGACAGUUCUUCAUUAAUACUAUAAGAUUUAUUUUUGCCUGCUGGAAAAAACCCAAUGUAAAAUGGCAGGCAAUUGACCAAAUAAAAUUUCAGUUUCUAGAAAGGUAUUGUGGAAGUCAAGGUUUAGGUAUGUUUUAAAUAUUACCUUUUGUGCACUUUGAAAUAAGAAUUGGUAUAAAGAUGUGACUAUGGGAACUGGCAUUUAAUUUGGUUAAUUUCUAGUUGUAAGAUUUGAGAAGUCUGCCAUUUGAUGACAAUGUCUGCCACUUUUGCCAAGAUAGUCACUCGCCUACUUCCUCAAAGAGGGGAGUUGUCAACAGUUUUAUUUAAUCUAUUGGUGGAAAUGUUCAUCUACUUCCAUGAGACAACCAUGAAUAUUGUGUAUUUUCAUACUUGAGAAUAUAAUGCAAAGCUGUAAAGAACGAAAAAGAUCCAGAGGUCUUUUGCCCAGUAAAUUGAAACUUAUUUUUGAUACCAACUCAUAACCAAAAAGGCUUGUUUAUAAAUUUUUUUCGUCUCCAUUGCAAAUAUUAAGACCUUUUACAAUUUUGUGAAACUUCAGAAUCAUGAUUUUCUGGGGGGAAAGGAAGAAUGAAAGAAGUUAAUUAAUUAACUAUGGGGUAAGAGGUGUUUACAACAAAAAAAAAAAUCAAGUGCCAUGAAAAAAACCUAAUACCCAGGCCUGUGCACAGGUGUCACAUGCAGAGAACCUUCUUGAAACAAGAUACGCAGUAUAGAAAUGACACUGUUGUGCAAAGAUAUCACUUGAGCAGGGCAAGUUUCUACGAAUAGGUUGUCUGCAAUAAAUCAUGGCUGUUUGUUUGAUGAUGACUUCUUUCCUCCAAAUAGUCACACAACAUCAUUUGGGCCACGAGCAGAGGUAGCUUUGUUAUGUACUUCUGGGAGAUCCAUGGAAGAUUGAAUAAGAUGUGUUUUGAUCUGUUUCCCUGUUAAUGAUAGGUCCCCCUCUUUUAUGUACUUCCUGGGUGGUGGAAAUCCAGACUUGUGGGUUAAACUGGCUGGUAAACUGAAGCUUGUCGACAUGUCCCCCUUAGGUCUUCUUCGUAUCUCUGGUAAAAUCCAGUGAAUCAUGGGUGACAUUCCUGACUACUCUUCAGGUCUUUAGGUGUCUGAUGUGAAGCUGUGCCUAUCACCAAUACAGUGAAGGUUGGCAGUCCUGGGAUCAGCUCUUGUCUGGGGCACGCUGUUCUUUCUCUAUGUGGCAUGUGUUUACAGGCCUGGCUGCCUUGCCGUGAUAUAGCCUUAGUUGCUAUCUCAGCAUAAAACAUCAAUCCCUUCCCCCUCCUGACUGCUUUUUAGGUGUCUGAUAUGAAGCUGAAACACCUUAGGUUCCUGACUGCUUUUUAAGUCUUCAGUUGUUGAAGUUGAGACUAAAAUGUCUGGCUUAUGUUCUUGAUUGUUUUGGUUUUUUUUGUAGGAGGCAAUUUUUUCUGCUUGUAGUAUUUUGAAUGUGGGUAUUUCUUUUGGUGGUCAGAAUCCAUCGUUGGUUACUGUUUUGGCACAACUUUGACACUGGGGGAAAAAAGAAGAAAGAGCAAGAGAUGCAGAGAGAAAAAAAUUUCAUUUUUCAUAUAUGCCUCUGCUUAUGUAGCAAAAGAGCUUGCUAUACUAGUUGCUUGUAUUACAAGUUGUCAGAGCAAGCUUUAUUGGAUUUGUUUUCUUUCUUUUUCCUUUGCUUUUCAGUUUGUUGAAAGAUGUUGCUUUGUACAUUUGAUAUGGAAUAUCGCAAAGGCUGAAGGAUUGUAGGGGAAAGUAAUGACCCUUAAACAGUAAAUAUGUUUUAUGUCUCCAGUUGUCAGAAGCAUAAGACCUUUUACACAAGAGAGUAGUUGUAAUAUUUUCAACCACAUUUCUUGUUUUUUGAAUUUUGUAGUUAAAACACAUGGUGUAAUAAAUCUUAAAUUUUGUUGCAUUAAUCAUGUUUUAACCGAAAAGGAGCUUUUGAUUUCGAUGUGUUUCCCCAUGUGUGAUAAUUUGUCAACAACAGAUGAUAAAACGCCAUAUUGUGUUUCCAAACAUUGUACUGUUUGUUUUCCAUUCAGAGGCCUGAUGAGAUUUUCUUUUCUUCUUCAUUUGUGAUUUGCCCAUCUUUUUGCACAUUUUUAUUUCAGGCUAUUAGAAUGGAACAAUGUAAAUGCCCUUAAAAACUGGUUCUUCCAUGAUAAUAGCUUAUAAGCCUUAUUGACCCUUUUGAAUUUGUAUCCUGUUGUGUCCAUUGUCAGUCUCAUUAAAGUAAGCUAGGGUGCAUUGUACAUCACACAUUUUUGCCAUACUUCAGUCCAGAAUCUUUGGAACAAAAUUCGGACACUCAUCAAUGUCGUAAAUGUGCCUAUCAAUGCCCACACAUUAUGCAAUUGCAUCCAACUUGUUUCCCCCUUCACUACUGCUCAGGAGUUCACAUCUGAUGCUGUUGUUGCUGUUUGAAAUUUAAGCUAGUAGGUAGGUGACACCCUCAUAACAUUGUACUCAAAUGUGAUUCAAUGAAAAUUAAUACUUUGUAGCCAUAUUGGCCACUUGGAAGGUCCUUUUGAAAAUAUUUUUGGCUGCAUUAAAUUACACUGAAUUUCUGGGUGUCUCUCCUUGUUUUAGUGACCAUGUCUGUUGUCAGUAGUAUUACAACUUACUGUCAUAAUAUAGUCCCCCAUCUUUAGUGCACAAGCUUCUUAAAAAAAUAAAAACAAAGGCCUUAUAUUAAAUAUAGUCUUGCUGUAGCUUCCUUUACAACUGUAUUUCUAGUUUACCAUAUUCUCUUCCCUUAUGUGCAGAAAGUUUGGCAUCAGCACACUGCACAUGAAGCUAUUGAAAUACAUUUUAAUCUCUUAUUCCUUAUAAGAACAAAUUUGUAAAGAUAAUAGUUAAGUGGCAUAAAUUAUUUUAAACUGCUUUACUUGAGUAUAAUGGUGCUCUUAAGUUGUUAAAGCUGUAUAGCUGUUGCUGCCACAGUUUCAAAACUCUGUUGAAAUUAUGCCUAAGAUUAAAGAAAAAGAGAAUGCUGGUCUUGUAUUGAAUAUUGAAUGCACUGGAUGCCUUUGUUGCUGAUUGAUUGUUAUUUCUAGCAAUACCAUAGCUUGUGCAGAAAAACGAUAGCCAGAAAUUUAUGUUCAUCUUGCAGCAUUAAACAUAUUUCAUUUCCCCUGUCUUUUUUUUCAACAGACACCAUUGCAUCUUCAACAUUUUUUCAGAAACUUUGUUUCAUGUCAUCACUCUGUAAUGAGCAUUUGAGGUUCAUAACAGAUAUUAAAUUGUUCAGUGUACUCUUUGGUUCAUGUUGUUAAUGCUAAUAAAUAAAUUAGAGUAAGAUACUGUUACCGAUGUACAAUAUUCCAGCCAUUCUUCCUGACUCCUAUUCACCCAUCCCCAUAGUUCACAUACUUAUUAGUGUAGCUCAGCUGCUGUAUGAAAAUCACUCUUUGUUGUUUAAAUGCAGGGUAGGGUUUUGCUGCUGUAGACAUGUAUCUCAUUUGGAUGUAGAUAUUUUUAGCUUAAACAUUAUCUAGAUGCAUAAGAAAAAGCUUAUAGCUUCUGUAGCUAGAUGUUUUGUCAGGUAUGCAAAGUAUUAGCAGUCUGACAAAUGUGAUCUAGUUUUCCAUUUAUUCAACCAAAAGUCUAUGACAUUUAGAUGUUUUGGUGCAUUCAAAUAAUUUGUCAGCUGAUCCAGUAUUACCAACUGAAAGUUUUUAUUACAAGCGAAAUCCAUGAUUUUGUGUUCUAUUCAACAAUAGCAACUCACAGGAACUAGGCUUGGGGUUUUUUUCUUUUUUGACAGGGAAAUCAGUGUUUUAAGCCUGACCCAGAAGAGAGUCAGUGCAUGUACACCUCACCCAUACUGCUUGUACAAACAUCCAUAUAAGCAUUAACAGUUUGCUUUUGGACAUUUCCAUGCCUUGAAAAAGUUAAUGUGUUCAAAUAUAAGUGCACUUUAAUUAGAAGACUUUUGAGUGAAAUUCAGACAUUUUUUGUAUAUUUGAGCAUGCAUGUUAGUGAAUUUUCUCUUCAAACAGAGGGUUAAAUCUUAAACAUGGUUGUGUGGAGGAAGAUAUUUGCUGCAGUAAAAACAUACAUUUGUGUCAUUCAUAAUUUUAUCAUUUUGGAAUACUUCAGUGUGUUGAAAGUUAUUUAACUUGCAAUUGGAAACACCAAAUUUUUGCUCACAAAACAUGGUCAGCAAUCUGGAUCUUUAAGUAGCAGAUGUUCACAACAACUUAACAAACGUUGUUUUAAUACUAUAUGUAUUUACAUUUGAAUGCUUUGCAUACAACAUUCUGAACUGUUGGACUUUACACCUUCGAUGUACAUAUGUUUCCACUUAGAUACAUUCCUUUUUCAUGGUGAUGAUGAUGUUAGACACUGUUUGAGCUUCAUAGACACUGUUUAUUAACUUCCAAAAAUGUAUUUUUCAAUAAAUACUUAUUCUGAA